AUGAUGCCGUUUGAAGUAGAGCAGAUGCUGACGGAACUAAACGAGAAGCUUCGUGAGGACAUUCGUGACAGGAUUUUCCAUUUCAUGAAUGGAGAGGUGGACAGGUCUUUUUUAAAAGACUUGGGUACUGAAGAUUUACGUGCUUUCAUCAAACGAUACAUGUACAGGAGGGUUAAACCUAAUGAGAAGGCUUCCAGAGAUAUAACCGAUGCUUUUGUAGGGGAUGCAAACAAGAAGUCGAAAAUGAGUGUGAAUGAAGAUGUUGGUCAAAGUUCGGAUCCAAAACCGAGUAUGGAUGAAAUGAAAAACUUCAUUGCUGAGUUGAGGGCACAGAGAGAUGCCUCUGAAAAGUUUAAAGGCACUGCUUACAUGGAAGGCAGCGACAAACAAGUUUCCUUUACUCUCGCUUGCACCAAUUGCGGGACCUCUAUCAUCCCCACCGCCGCAGAUGCAGAAAAUGUUACCCGUAUCUUGUCCUCCGCCUCUCCCACCGCUGCAGCUGAUGAAGAUGUUCCUACCGGUCAAAUGCCCACCACCAUCACCACCGAUCCAGCUGAGGAGGUCUGCUCUCCUAACGUCACCAAUAGCCCUUAG